AUGAUACGUCUGGUCUACCUAGCUUUGUUGUUCUCUACUGUUUGCGGUCUUCCAACCGCAACAAACCAUAGCGGACAGCCCGUAGUCGAUCUCGAGUAUGCCAAGUAUCAAGGCGUCCGUCUAGAAGGCGGAGUCGACGAGUUUCUUGGGAUGCGCUAUGCAUCUCCGCCAAUUGGUGAUCUAAGAUUUCGGGCGCCCCGGGAUCCGUAUGCGAAUCAAACGCUUCAGAGUGCGACGGAGUAUGGGCCAAUUUGCAUCGGGGUAGACGAGGAAGAGUCGCCUGGCGAAAUAAGCGAAGACUGCCUGUUUAUCAAUGUUUUCAAGCCAUCCACAGCCACGUCUCAAUCAAAGCUACCUGUUUGGCUCUUCAUACAGGGCGGUGGCUACGCAGAGAAUUCCAAUGCCAAUUACAACGGAACCCAAGUGAUACAACAGUCUGGUGACGCGAUCGUAUUUGUAACAUUCAAUUAUCGUGUUGGUGCCCUUGGCUUCCUGGCCAGUGAACAGAUUAGGCAGAACGGUGACUUGAAUGCCGGACUGCUUGACCAGCGCAAAGCUCUUAGAUGGGUCAAACAAUACAUUGAGAAGUUCGGGGGCGACCCCGACCACGUCGUGAUCCAUGGGGUGUCGGCGGGUGCUGGCUCCGUUGCCUACCAUUUAUCCGCCUACGGUGGUAAGGAUGAAGGGUUGUUCAUCGGUGCCAUUGUUGAGUCAUCCUUUUGGCCAACCCAGCGAACAGUAUCGGAAAUGGAGUUUCAGUUCGAACGAUUCGUCAAUGACACAGGCUGUUCUGUUGCUCGUGAUCCCCUGGAGUGCCUGCGGACACAGGACAUUGCAACCAUUCAGAAAGGGAAUACUGCCUCUCCCUUCCCUGGGGGAAGCAGCUCCCCGCUACCAGAUUGGUACUUUCUCCCUGUUACCGACGGCAACCUAAUUCCGCACGAGUUGUACCACGCGUUCGACGCAGGCAACUUCAUCAAGGUUCCCGUCUUGGUAGGCGACGAUACCGACGAAGGCUCUAAUUUUGCCUACAACGCUAGCAGCAGUGCAGAUGUGUCGCAAUUUUUCAAAAAUAACUAUCCGAAUCUCAAUUCCCAGCAACUUGACACCAUCAAUCAAGUUUAUCCUCGUGGCAAGCUGCUCCCACGGCACGCAGCAUACUUUGGUGCUUCCUCCGCAGCAUAUGGGGACGCAACAUUUACUUGUCCUGGAAAUCAUGUAGCGUCAUCAGCUGCCAGAUACUUACCAGAUGCAGUGUGGAACUACCGAGUCAACAUCAUCGAUGAAUCAAAUAUCGCUGGUGGCAUCGGUGUCCCUCACACGUUCGAGCUACCCGCGAUCUUCGGAGCAGGAUCGACCGGGACUCUCAGCAGUGACUCGUCGUAUCUGAGUUAUAAUGCAGCUAUAAUCCCCGUUACGAUACAUUACUUCAUCAGCUUUGUCCAGGCACUGAAUCCGAAUACAUAUCGAUAUGCAGCAGCGCCAGAGUGGAAUACGUGGGGGGAUGGGCAGCGUCUCCGGCUGCAGACGAAUAAUACUGCGAUGGAGGCUGUGCCGCCGAACUCGGUUCAGGAUUGUGCGUUUUGGAAGAGCCUAAGCGUGCCAAUGGAGCGGGUCAACAUGGCUGCCAAGGACCUGACGACGAGAGAAUGGAUCAAUGCUCUCAUUGAGCCUGGCUAUCUUCUAGUCUGGGCCCUGCGCUACUAUGUCAAGGUCAACCUCGAGACCGUCUUCUGCAAAGGACAAAUCCUCGCUCCUCUUCUCCACCAGAGCAGACUGCGUGAUGAAGCAUUCGGCAAAUUCUGGGUAGCUUUUAGCACAUAUCUCCAAGCAAACGCCCCAGCGUCACCACCACCCACCCAACCCCCAGACCAAAUCAUCCGCUCCUCAGACCUAAUCCCACCCCUCCUCGCCCGCGCCUCGGGCACCGUCCUCGACGUCGGCCCAGGCACAGGUACUCAAAUGCCCCUCCUCCGCUCCUCAGCCAUCAAGGCCAUCUACGGCGCGGAGCCCUGUCACGGCUUGCACGCUGAACUGCGCGCCAGCGCCACCUCCCAAGGUCUCGAGGAUAAAUACAACAUCCUCCCGUGCGGCGUAGAAUCCGCAGACCUUAUCCCCGCUCUUCAAAGACAGGGCCUUCUCAAGACGGACGCUUCAGACGUGCCGUCCAUCCUCGAAACCCUAUCCACGACUAGAGAAGGCGUAUUCGACACCAUCGUCUGCGUGCGCGUGUUAUGUUCAGUCCCCGAUAUGCACCGCACCGUCCAGGACUUGUACAAUCUCCUCCGACCAGGCGGGAAAAUGCUCGUUGUCGAGCAUGUAGUUAACCCGUGGCGGACGCCGAAGGGGUCCGUGAUCGCGAGAGCGUUCCAGGCCUUUUAUGGCUUCAUGGGCUGGAGUUGGUAUUUGGGAAAUUGCUGCAUGAAUCGGGAUACCACCUCGGCGUUGAAGCAUGCUGCGGAUCAGGAUGGUGGGUGGGAGUCGGUUGAGUUGGAGAGCUGGUUCGAGAGUACGCCGAUGCCGUAUGUUGCGGGCAUUUUGACGAAGAGGGGGUAA